GCCCUCUUCCCCAUUUUUCCCUUUCCCUUUCCUGAUCCACUUGGCAUCAUGUCGUCCUAAUCUCCCCUCUUUACCCCCUUAUACACUUCAUCUCCUUUCACCACUCACGUGCCGUCAUCUGUGGCGUCCAUUUUCCCUUCGCCGUACACCCCCGGCCCUGAACGACACGCGCAAUCUGACGUUGGGGGUUGUCUCGGAACGUGCAGUCCGCCAACGCGACUCGGGAUUGCUGCAGGACACAACUGCAUUGUUCGCUUUCUAGAGCCCUUCUAGUCGUCUUCUAGUCGUUCUUUCUGUCAAUCGGAGGGGGUUCUUCUUUUCUUGGGUCGCUCCUUCUACCCAUACGACUGUAUCGAAUUCCUCGACUCUCUCGCCGCUCGUUCUUUUCCCUUCUCGUCCACCCCUCCACCCCCUUCCUACACUACGUCCCUGAGACUCGACAAUCCUGACCCGUGAUCUCCUCACACCGAUUUUAUUACCUGUCCAUUUUCUUUGAUCCCAUCCAAUCUUCAGCCUUUCUUACUCGUGCUCUUCCCCCGUCCGGUGAGCCAUAUGCAAACCAGACUAGGUCGGGUUUCUUCACUUUCCUUUUCUCUGAUUUCCUGGUUGCUUUCUUGUGACGCCGGUGGCAUUACCAACUCUCUGUAAUAUGAUGGUGGACCGUGUGGAAUGCUCGGGCGUCUAUAUCGACGACCGGGUUCGGUCGGAGCGAUGGGUGCGCCGGAAUUCCAUCGCAACGUCGACCAUCUCCGAAGCGUCAUCCUUUACCGUGCCCGAAGAGCCUGAGGCGCUACAGGCCGAUGUAGAACAAUUACUAGACGUCUGCAAGAAGAUCUACCUUUGCCAGAGCGGAGCUUCCUUUGCGACAAAAUUGGCUGAACUCAGCGACCGUUCAGGCAGCGAUUGCACCCCAAUAUUUGCCUUUUUUGGUAUCGACUUUGGUGGCGACGAAUUAAAUGUCGCCCGUCGAAAGGCCAGUCGGGCCUCAUGGAUGGAUAAUGGGCCGCCUUCGCCAGGCUCUAUUCAACGCACUUUCACAUUCUCCUCCCACAAUGACGAAGCCGCCGGCCUUGGGCUGCUCUCCGGUGUUUCGAACGAUAUCCAAGUCCAGGACGGCCCCAACCUGGUCAUUCCAGUCGCCAUCCUGCGGGAUUCGAGCGCAGAGCCGGACGCCCCUGCGGAUUCGACGAGCGACCCGCAACCUCGGAAUCCGGUGACAUUGGAACACAAGCAGAUCGCUCGAUGCCUCGACGCCGGCGCUAUCGACGUCCUGACCACCCCGCUCGAUCGGUCCCGCAUUCAAGGAUUGGUAGUGCAUGCGUAUCGCACCCGUCGCUCGGCGCAGAAAGAUAUGUCGCGGUUUUUGGCCAGAAAGAAGCUACGCAAGUUGUCUUGGGUGGGUGUGCAUGAUGAAGAACCAUAUUCAUACCUACGGGAGGCAAUGGUGGCAAAGCUGAUGAAGGGAAUCUGCAAUCCCGAGGAGAUUGUCGAUGAAUUCCAGGAACGGGAUCUCGAUAUCAAACCGGGACGGGAAGCCUUCAUCAAAGAGCAGGUAGCCCAGUGGAACUUCUCCGCCCAUGAAUUCUCCGAGGAUGAAUUGGUCUAUGCGGCGUGCCAAAUGCUUCAACAUGCCUUUAAUCUUCCCGGGCUGGAACAGUGGUACUUGACAUCAGGUGAACUCCAGACAUUCCUACUUGCAUGCCGUGCGGCCUACAAUUCCUUUGUCCUUUAUCACAACUUCCGGCACGCCAUUGAUGUGCUGCAGUCGGUCUUUACUUUCUUGCUUCGAAUCGGGGCUUUGCCUCCCUACGGGCCUUUUGGCCUGUCUGUUGAAGAGAAAUCUCCUAUUGCCACUCUACUCUCUCCUUUUGAUUCUCUUACUUUACUUAUAUCCGCUAUUGGACAUGACGUUGGCCACCCCGGCGUCAACAACUUUUUCCUUGUCAAACUCAACGCCCCCUUGGCACAAUUAUACAACGACAACUCCGUUCUCGAAGCAUUCCACUGUGCAGCCUUUUCCCAGAUCCUUCGCCGUCACUGGCCUGCUGCUUUCAAGGACAAGCAACUUCGAAAGCUGCUGAUCAGCUCUAUUCUGGCGACGGAUAUGGGCGUGCACCAAAAGUUCAUGGAGCGGAUGGGUUCUUUGCAGGAAAAAUAUUCCGAAAGCGACAAGACUGUUGAUCUCUGGAAGCCCCAGGACGUCGAGAUGUAUAAAACACUUGUUUGUGGCCUAUUGAUCAAAUGCGCUGACAUCAGUAACGUCGCUCGACCGUGGGGUGUCGCCGAGAAAUGGACUCAGAUUCUGCAGGAGGAAUUCGCCAAUCAAGGCGAGAUGGAGAAGGAAGUAGGCAUGGAGACUGCGCUGUUUGGUGGGCCGCCGGAGUUGGGCAACAUUUAUAAGCUUGCAACCGGUCAGAUUGGUUUCAUGUCUAUCUUUGCUCUUCCGCUUUUCGAGGGUGUCUCCGAUCUUAUGCCGCAGCUGCAAUUCACUGCUGAUUAUAUCCGCGACAACCAAAGCCAGUGGCAGCAACAUGCCAACGAUGAGUUGCGGCGGCGGGGUCUGUCGGUGGAGGGUCCCGUCUCUGAGGCGGUCUCUCCUCGCUCUACGAGCCCUGUCCGACCAACCACCUCUAACGAUACUGUGAGAGCGUUGGCGGAAUCAGAAGAUAUGCCCAGCGAUCCCCCGUCGGGCUCAUCAGAAGAGACGGUAAUCCAAGAUGGAGCCUACAACGAGAACAACAUUGAGCCAGUUGUAUCCCCAGACACCCCAGGUCCGCAGAUUGAGAUUACUGGAACUCCGAUCGGCCCUGAUAUGUCGUCGCGAAAGUCCUCUAGUGCCAUGCCAGAUCUCUCAUACUUUUCUCGUCCUGCCCCGGGGGCUCACUCGGCUCGGACUUCGCUUGCAGAAUCGAGUGCCGCUCCAGCAGACCCGGCCGUUUUGGCUGCCGUGUAUUAUGCCAAUACGGCGUCUAAUCACGGCAGUGUCUCGUUGCCCACCGAGCGUGACAAUGCUGCUGAUUCUGCUGCCGAGCGACCGAGCAGCUCCCGUCAAGGCCCGCAGGGUUCCCAACACCACGCACACCACAGCUCUUCCGUUCGCACUUCUGGGCCAUCUAGCUCCAACCGCAACAGCUGUACGCGUACCCAAAGCAUCAGCGCUUACAGCAACAAUAUGACUCCUAUUUCUCCCGCGACCAACGCUACCAGCUUUUUGGCAGUGGACAGCGGCGAUGAGAGCAAACAUCGUAUAUCUGAUGAUAGUUCUCCUCAGAGCGAUGCUGGUGGUCCAGAUGAUAGCAGCACCAGGCCGAGCACCUCUUAUGCUUCGCACUCGGGAGAUCAUGAAAGCAGCAGUUACAGUCCCGACCAUAGCUCUGGCAUCGCCCGAUCAGAGGAUGGCAAGGACUACAACGGUGCUCUUAAUGGUAAUACAAGCCAUCCCCGGUCUACAUCGGCCGGCGAGAGUACCAAGAACGAGCAUCCUCAAGGGAACGGUGGUGACCAGAAUGGGCAUGGAAUACGCCGGCUUCCGAAGAAACGCAGUCGACUACGUCUUGCUUUCUGGAAGCGUCGCAAUCACCAUCAACAGGAGGUCCACGGCGAGAGCUGA